GCGCUACCGAAUUUGCUAUUAGACCUAUUGUGUAAUAGUUAACAUUCCGAACGUACUUAUUCCAUGAAAUUCGUUGAAUGUAUAUAUGUGCUGUAUGUUAUUUAUGUGAAUUAUAAAAAAUAUGGCCAAUUAAACAUUAUUAUUCAACCCAAUUGAAGAUAAAUGUAAGAGUAAUGAUAAUGUCAAAGUAAUAAUAAUUCUUUGAGGUUAUGGUAUUUUGAAGCAACAAGUAAUAAAAUUAAAUGCAAAUCGUCAAACAUCGUAAUAAUAUUCAAGCUUUUAUUUCGAUAUGCACAGGUAUAUGUUUCUUCUGGGACAUUUAUUACCAUGGAGAUAUGAUACUUUUAAGGUGAGCUUGAGACGAAUGUACAAAACACAAGCGAGUAAUAGAACCAAGGAAUAUGAAGGCCGCAAGUUAGUUGGGUUUUCUGCAAAGAAAAUGUUUUAUGUGAUUUCUGAUGUAAAAAAUUAUAAAGAAUUUUUGCCAUUUUGUAAGAAAUCUGACAUUACGUUGAAAAGUAAAGACUUUCUGAGGGCUAACUUAGUAAUAGGAUUUCCACCUAUAAACGAAAGUUACACUUCCAAGGUGACGAUGGUAUAUCCAAGAUUAAUCAAAGCAGAAUGUAAAGAUGGCAGAUUAUUUGAUCACUUGGAGACAUUGUGGAUUUUCAGAUCUGGAUUAAAGAACAAUCCUGAAACAUGUGUGAUCGACUUUUCCUUGUCUUUCGAGUUUAAAUCCGUCAUUUAUUCUCAUUUGUCAAAUUUAUUUUUUAAUGAAAUUGUAAGACAAAUGGAAAAUGCCUUUCUUGAGGAAGCUAAAAGAAGAUACGGUCAACCAUGUUUAAAAGCUACAAAACUGCAAAGAACAAACCACUAGUUUCCGAGAUGUGAGGAUCCCUGCUCACACACCAGAUAAAGCUGCGCAAUACGUUUCGUGCCGAUUUCGGCUGUCACGAGUGACAGUUCAUCAGCAUGUUAUGUCAAGAGGUUAAUUUACGUAAAAGGUUAAUUACGUU